UGCAGCCUCAGCCUGCGCUCGGCGAUCUCCCUCGGUCACUGCGGCAGAAGGUGUCAUGGCGGCGCGCAGCCUGGAUUCACGUGGUGCAUUUUACGAAGCGAUCCAGGCGGUGCUGGGGAGCUGGCCGGUGCUACAGAUUGCUGUAGAGCAUGGAUUCGGAGGGCCCCAUGUGCAGGAGAAGGCACAGUGGAUGGUGGGCGUGGUGCACGAGUAUUUUCUCACUAAUGCGGACUUGGAGCAGUACGAGGUGGAGGAGACCCUGCAAGGCAUGAUGAAUGAUGAGUUUGAUACCAUGGUGGAGGAUGGAAGUUUACCUGCGGUUGCCCAGCAGCUUUGCACGUUCUACUCCCAGUGUCAGCGUGGAGACCUCUCCAGCGUGAAGGAGAAGAUCGCUCAGCUGUCCCAGAAGAAGUAUAACGUUAAGGCGAAUGUGCAGGAAGUGAGAGCCGAGGAGGAGGAGGAGGAGGGCAGUGAUGAGGAGGACGAUGAGGCAAUGGACUGUGAGACGAGUACAACUACUGCUUCUACAGCACCUGGUACAUCAGCGUCUGGGGGGCACGGUCAGAAAUCCGAGGAUGGGGAACCAGAGGCCGACGGCUGGACAGUGGUGCGCAGGAAGAAGAAAUGAUUUGCACGGUUUCACCAGAGCUUCCAUAAUGGCACAGCUAGGUGGCGCCAUGUUACCAAGCACAUGAGCUCUGCUCAGACUCAGGACACGAUGAACCAUCUGGGCAUAAUCCACCAGAUUAUGAGUUGCCCGGGGGCACAGCCGAUCGGUUUUUCAUUCUAGAUGGGCCAUUUCCCAUAUAUAAAUUGUUACCCACUAAUAUUCGUGUACCUCCCAAACCCAGAAGGGGGCGCCAGUUACCUGGAAAUGGCUUGUUAGUCACAGCUGUACCAUGCAUCUGUCCUAUAAAGAUGGAGCGCGUGUAUGACCGAUCUCAGCGGGUGGCAAGGCUCUGCUCACUUUAUUCCAGUCUACUGGAUUUGAGACACAUUUAUUACAUUUUGUGCUGGAAAUUCUUCAAAUUCAUGAAUCCCCCCCCCCCCCCCCAAAAAAAAAGUCUUGGGAUAAUGUUAAUGUAUUUUUGCAAAUUUUACCUCCCAGCGGCAUUCUUAUCUAUGGGCUGUGUCUGAUACUACAGCUCAUCCCCAAUUCUGGUGAAUUGAGUGAAGACGCAAUACCAAACAUAGCCUGUGGACUGAGGUGGCGCUGUCUCAGGAUGGAAAUGAGACUGUUUUUACCUAAUACUGGACAACGCCUUUAAAUACAGAAUUCCCUUAA